CGCCAUUUCAUUUCGACAGUGAGAUGGAGAAUUUGAGAUCCCAAAGUGAGAUAGAAAUAAUGUAGUCGUUUUAUCAUUUACAAGAUUUAUUCAAGUUUUUGGUAGACUUUGUUUGGAGAUUUUCCACUACAAAGUAAAGCUCGUCCAAGAUGUUCACGACGAAUACUGUGCAAGCCGGCACUGUGCCGACGUUACAGUAUCAGGAACACGCAGCUCAGAAAUCACAGGGCAAGAAUAUAGAGAAUGUACAGCAGAAGACUACCCAACAGACCCAGCCACAACAGGAAUUCCCUACAUUCUGCUACACAACAAAUGUAAAUAUGAUUGGGAAAAUUGGAGCCGGGACUACGAGUGCGGGAGGUGGAGUAGCAGGAAGUGUUAACAUUGCACAACUGACCACAAGUGAUGACAAGACCUGCUACAUAGCACAGCCCUUCUCAUACAACUAUGCCCUUGUUAAUCAAAUGCAAAUAGCAUCUAAUGGUAUCCAGAACACUAUAUCGAGUAUAAGUUUCAAAUGUGACGUUUGUGGGCUUAUGUUUGGGCAUUUAUCACUACUUAACGCACACAAAAGAAUUCAUGCUCAAGAUACAGAUAAUAACAUCGCAGUGGUCGCGACGGGUGUCACAUCGGCGAAUGAUGUUGCGAUGCCGCCUCAUAUACAAAUCCUAUCAUCGGACCACACCGAACAACAACAACAACAGCAGCAUCAUGUUCAAAUUCAAGACACUAAACCAAUAAUUAUAGAUAAGGCAGUAAAAUGCAUAACAUGUGGUGGCCCCAUACCAAAUAAUCCCAAAAGAAAAGGUCCAAAACUUAUAAGAUGCGAAAAUUGUAUUGCCCAAGACUCAGUAGACCAACGAAAUAACCAAAUGAAUGCAACACAAAUAUUUGUAACAACAGAAGGCAAUGUGAAGUUUGAAGUAGGGGGAGGAGUGAGUGGAGUGAACAAUGUCGAUCCUUUGGGCACCGCACAGACUAAUCAGCAAACACAGCAGACACAACAGAAACCAUUGCCUGGUCAUCAUCCUGUGAAAAAGAGGACUUUGGCAUCUGUAACAAAGUGUCAAAAUUGCAAUGGAUCUGGAAUUAUAUUUGUAGGCAAUAAGAACAAAAAUAAUCAACCAAAUGCUGAAAAACCAUUUCAUUGUAACAUUUGUGGAGGAUCAUUUUCAAGAUAUUCAUCACUUUGGUCACACAAAAAACUCCAUUCUGGUGAAAAGAAUUUUAAAUGCGGGAUAUGUGGUAUAGCUUUUGCAAAAGCUGUGUACCUAAAGAAUCACUCAAGAAUACAUACGGGCGAAAAACCAUACAGAUGUAGUACAUGUGGUAUGCAGUUUUCACAGUCACCACAUUUGAAAAAUCACGAGAGAACACAUUCUGGCGAAAAACCAUAUGUGUGUGAAGUUUGUGACAAAGGAUUUGCAAGACAUGCGACUUUAUGGAAUCACCGUCGCAUUCACACGGGAGAGAAACCUUACAAGUGCGAAACGUGUGGUUCAGCGUUUAGUCAAGCGGCGCAUCUUAAAAACCACACAAAGGUUCACUCGGGCGAAAAACCUUUCAAAUGUGACAUUUGUACAGCAGCAUUUGCAGACAGAUUUGCCCUGAAGAGACACAGAGGAAUCCAUGAAAAAUAUGGUCAAACGGCCCCACUACCUGCAAGAGUGCAACAGAAUCAGCAGGAACAACAGAAUAACCAGCAAACCGUUGAACAGCAAAACACACAAGCCACCGUCGAAGUGGUGGAACAUCGUACUGAACAAACUCUAUGAGUUUUACAAUAAUUGUAAAUGGCUUUCUUAAUCAAUUAUGGUAAUACAAGAACAGUGUUGCUAAUAGCAGCAGUCACCGACUUUCAGUAAGAAUUAUGGAUGAUGGAAAACGAUGAUUUAAAGCAAUUAUUGAGUUUGUGGUCGUGUUGUACGCAAUGGAAGCUACAGCUAUCUAAAAUAUAAAAUUGUAAUAUAGCACUGUUUUGCUUGAAGAAAGAAAAGAAAGAUAGAAAUCUCUAGUUGUAAAUAUAUAUACUGACAUUAUUUGUAGAUUUAACUUUCAGGCAACAAUCACUCGCAUAAAGUUUUUAGUACUUAUUUAAAAUGUUGUAAAUAAAAGAAAGCAUGCAUAUGGUUUUUUUACUUAAAGUAGAUGAACUGAUGAUUGCAUGUCAGACACUGCCAAUACGUGUAACAUAAUAUUAAAAUAAGAGGUAG